CACUAUCUUCCACUUUCACACAUUUCUCUCUCCCAUACCCCCCCCAAAUAUACAUACAUAAUAACAUAACCCUCCCAUUUCGCAGAGACGAACCAAAUAGCUCAUCAGCAAACCUCUCUCUCAUCAUUCACCAAUCGCUCUCACCCUUUUCAUCGAUCUCGAUUUUUUCAAAAGAAGGUAGGAUAAGAUGGCAGAUGGAGAUGAUAUUCAGCCACUCGUCUGUGAUAAUGGGACAGGAAUGGUUAAGGCCGGGUUUGCUGGAGAUGAUGCCCCACGUGCUGUGUUCCCUAGCAUUGUUGGCCGUCCUCGUCACACCGGUGUGAUGGUUGGUAUGGGCCAAAAAGAUGCAUAUGUAGGAGAUGAAGCUCAGUCAAAGAGGGGUAUCUUAACACUGAAAUAUCCUAUUGAGCAUGGUAUUGUUAACAAUUGGGAUGAUAUGGAAAAGAUAUGGCAUCACACAUUCUAUAAUGAGCUCCGUGUUGCCCCUGAGGAGCACCCUGUGCUCCUUACUGAAGCACCUCUUAAUCCUAAGGCUAACCGUGAAAAGAUGACUCAAAUCAUGUUUGAGACAUUCAACACACCUGCUAUGUAUGUUGCUAUUCAGGCUGUUCUUUCCCUGUAUGCUAGCGGGCGUACCACCGGUAUUGUGCUGGACUCUGGUGAUGGGGUCAGCCACACCGUCCCUAUCUAUGAAGGGUAUGCCCUGCCACAUGCCAUCCUUCGUCUCGACCUCGCAGGUCGUGACCUCACUGACUACUUGAUGACGAUUCUCAAAGAGCGUGGUUACAAUUUCACCACCUCAGCAGAACGUGAAAUCGUGAGGGAUGUGAAAGAAAAGCUUGCAUACAUAGCUCUUGACUAUGAACAAGAGCUGGAAACUUCAAAGACAAGCACCUCUGUCGAGAAGAGCUAUGAGCUGCCCGACGGGCAGGUUAUCACCAUUGGCAACGAGCGCUUCCGUUGCCCGGAGGUACUUUUCCAGCCUUCCAUGAUCGGCCAGGAAUCUUCCGGAAUCCACGAGACCACAUACAACUCUAUCAUGAAGUGCGACGUGGACAUUAGGAAGGACCUUUAUGGAAACAUAGUGCUCAGUGGCGGGACCACCAUGUUUCCGGGUAUUGCAGACAGGAUGAGCAAGGAAAUCACGGCAUUGGCUCCUAGCAGCAUGAAGAUCAAGGUGGUGGCGCCUCCUGAGAGGAAAUACAGCGUUUGGAUCGGUGGCUCUAUCUUGGCCUCUCUCAGCACAUUCCAACAGAUGUGGAUUGCAAAGGCGGAGUAUGACGAGUCUGGUCCAUCCAUUGUCCACAGAAAAUGCUUUUAGUUUUUUCCCACAAAAAAUGAAAAAAAAAGAGCAACUAUUGUUGCUGAAAUGGAGGUGUAUUUAUUUUUUUCAUUUUUCAUUUUUCAUUUUUUUUUAUUUUAAUUCCUGCUGAGUCGGAAGUGAUUGAGGUUUUAAAGUUCUUCUGUACUUCAAUGUUUUUUUUUGUGGCACAUUCAUUUUUCACACCACUUUUGUUCACAUAGACAUACACUUGUGAUAUAGUGCUCGUGGGUUUAUGUACGAGUUUCGCGUCUUAUUUUGACAGUUUUGAGUGAGAAAAGAAAUGAAUGCUUGUUUU